AUGGCGGAGCACUUCACUGAGGAAGAGAUCGCCGCGUUCAAGGAGGUUUUCGCCCUCUUCGACAAGAACAGCGACGGAUUCAUUACUAGCGAAGAACUGGGAACUGUGACGAAGUCCUUGGGUCAAAACCUCACUGGUAAUGAACUGCAAGAUAUGAUCAUGGAGGUUGAUGCCGAUGGAAACGGAACUAUUGAGUUUCCUGAAUUCUUGAAUUUGAUGGCACACAAACUGAAAGACACUGAUUCAGAGGAAGAAGUAAAGGAAGCAUUUGAAAUGUUUGACAAAGACCAAGAUGGUUAUAUUUCUGCAGCUGAGCUCCGUGACAUGAUGGCAAACCUUGGGGAGCAACAGACUGACGAGGAGGUCAAAGGGAUGAUACGGGAGGCGGACACGAACGGUGAUGGUCUUGUGAGCUAUGAUGAGUUCAAACAAAGGAUGCUGCUCAAAUGA